UUUGUGAGAGUAUUAAUGGAGUUGAUGAGCUCUCUUCCAAAAGGAGAACUCUCUCUUUCUAUCUCCUUAACUACAGAAGAGAGAGAGAGAGAGAAAGCAUAAUCAAACGGACGACGGAAGGAAAGAAACAGAGCAAGCCGAAAUCCAGUGAAAUGCAGCCUCGAAGCAGAGAGAUGCAGGCGAUGAGUUCGUUCUUAAAUCAACAAUCGCAGCAGAUGUCUAUGCAAGACCAGCAAAAUACUGGAAACAGUCUAAUGAACUCUCAGUUCGAUCCUUCUUCGUCUAACGACGAUUUCCUAGAGCAAAUGUUUUCUUCAAUUGGCUCUUCUUCCUGUUCGUGGCCAGAUGUUAUGGGAACUGCAAACCCUAAGUUACCGCCGUGGGACUUGUCGUCUCCUUCAAUCGACUCUCAGAAAUCACGAGACCUAGCGGUUGACGAGUUGAAUCAGGAGAAUGUUCAGCAGUUGCAAUUCGAUGAUCAGUCGGUUAUGCUCUCAUCGAAAUUCCGCCAGCAUCAAAUCAGCGGCGGUUCUGCCAAGGCAUUGCUUCUUAGGCAGCAGUUAUCAUCGAUGCAAUCGAGAUGUGUUGGCGGAAAUGGUUCAAUAGCUGAUGAAACUGGACUGAUUCACUUGCCUCUUAGUUUGGGAGGCGGAAACGACGUCCUCUCUGCUCAUAAUAAUCCUAGUGGAAAUGUUUCAGUUCAAAAUCUGUAUAAUGGAUACGCCGGAUCUCUUCUCGGUUCAGGUCAAACAUCAAAUCAGUUUCAUCAACCUCAGGAUUUUGGAGCAGCCGCGGCGGCUGCUGCUGCUGUGAUGAACUCGUCAGCAGCAGCUCCUUCAAUUAGCUCUGCCGGAGGAGGAGGAAACCCUGGACAACCUAGACAGAGAGUUAGGGCUAGAAGAGGCCAAGCAACAGAUCCUCACAGCAUAGCUGAAAGAUUACGUAGAGAAAGGAUUGCAGAGAGGAUGAAGGCCUUGCAAGAACUUGUUCCAAAUGGCAAUAAGUCUGAUAAGGCAUCAAUGCUAGAUGAGAUCAUCGAUUAUGUGAAAUUCCUCCAGCUCCAAGUCAAAGUCCUUAGCAUGAGCCGACUUGGUGGUGCUACGGGGGCGGUGGUUGCGCCCAUUGUCGCCGAUAACUCAUCAGAGGCAGCAGCAAGGGGUGGUGGUACUAGUAGUAUUAAUGGUGGGCCGUCGUCGUCAACUAACGACAGUGUGACGGUAACGGAGAAUAGGGUGGCGAAGCUAAUGGAAGAAGACAUGGGGUCGGCCAUGCAAUACCUACAAGGGAAGGGACUCUGUCUCAUGCCCAUAUCUCUAGCCACCGCCAUCUCCACCGCCACGUGUCACUCUAGGAAUCCCCUUCCGCCACCGCCCACCACCAACGCCGCCGCCGGAGCUGCUGCUGCUGCUGCUGCUGCUGCUGCCGGCCCCUCAUCCCCCAACACUCCUUCAACAAUGAAUAACCUUCUUCAUCGCUAAUAAUUAAUUAUUAUUAAUUCCUACUCCAAACUGAACCCCCGGUAAUAUUAUUAUAAUAGAUUAGAUGACCUUCCUAACCCGACCCGACCCGUUUGUGUCUGGUGGUAAAAGGGUAAAGAAAAAAUGAAAAAUGACAAAUAAGGUUCCAUUUUCAACUGUUUUGAUACGACACCACCUUAUGUACGUAGAAUUUGGCUUCACCUAGAUUAUUAUUAUUAUUAUUAUUCUCUUUUUGGCUGCUUAAUAUAUUUUACCUAUCUACCCUGUUUCUUUCUUUUU